AUGAGGCCGUUUCUCGUCUAUUUCGCUCUAUUUAUUCUGAAUGUCUCAUCCGAUGAAUCCGAUGACAUCGUCAACAUUGUGGCGUUCGGAGAAGCGAGAUGCUCGGACACUUCAUAGUAAGUUAAGUUCUCAGAAUAUAAAGGUCAUUAGAGUUUACAGUUGGAUGAAGUGGCACUGGAUGCCAAUGUGGAGGAUGCUCGGCUCAACGGGACGGAUAAACUUCGAGUACCAUCCGUUCGGAAUCAAAACGACUUGCGUCGACUCGGAAGAAGACGACGAUGUUGUGUGAGUGCAGAGAAUGUCAAAAAGAUCACAAAUGAAUGGAUUCAGAUGUGAUUGCCACCACGGAAGCCGAGAAUGCGUCAUGAAUCAGUUGCAAGCCUGCGUGAUAGAGGCCCUUCCGAACUUCGAGGAGUACAUGGAAUUCGGUGAGUGUUUGGGAGGGCAAGGUACGAGAACCAUAGGGUUUCAGUGGUCUGCAUUCAAGGGAAACAGAACAUCACUAUGGCCGUGGACGCGUGUUUCGAAGAGCCGUCCAAACUGAACCGAGACAAGUGAGUCCAUCACGAAACGGCUGCAAUUUCAAUCAAAUAUUACCUUUCAGAAUGGUGGAAUGCGCGGAAAGUCGUCACGGACGGAAACUGUUCAGUGACCACGAGAGCUACGUGGCCAAAUUGGCUCCCGAAAUGGAUUGGGUCAGCCAUUCUUUCAGUUCUUCCCCAAUCUUCCCAUUUCUAGGUGCCUUGGAUUCUGAUAAACGGGAAAAGAUACAAAGAAGCGGAAGAUGACCUGUGGCAGUUCCUUUGCGACAGAUUCAUAGAUCCGCGGCCGAUCCAUUGUCCUAAGAAAAUCGUGUAUUAG